AUGGCCCCAGCAAAGAAGGUAGUGCCUCAAGUUCCGGAAACUGUGCUUAAACGCAGAAAGCAAAGAGCUGAUGCGCGCGCUAAGGCUGCCCAAGCCAAAGUUAAGCUUGCCGCUAAAAACAAGGAAAAGAAGGCUUUGGUUUUCAAGCGUGCUGAGAAGUACGUUCAGGAAUACAGAAACUCCCAGAAGGAAUCCUUGAGACUCAAGCGCGAGGCUGAAGCUAAGGGAGACUUCUACGUUCCAGAUGAGCCAAAGGUUGCUUUCGUGAUCAGAAUUCGCGGUAUUAACCAGAUCCAUCCAAAACCAAGAAAGGCUUUGCAAAUCCUCCGCCUCCGUCAAAUCAACAAUGGAGUGUUUGUUAAGUUGAACAAGGCUACUCUUCCACUUCUCCGCAUCGUCGAGCCAUACGUUGCUUGGGGAUACCCCAACAACAAGUCGAUCCAUGACUUGAUCUACAAGAGAGGUUACGCUAAAGUUGACGGACGUCGCGUCCCAAUUACUGACAACACCAUCGUCGAGCAGAAUCUUGGAAAAUUCGACAUCAUCUGCUUGGAAGAUCUUGUUCACGAAAUCGCCACUGUUGGACCACACUUCAAGGAGGCCACCAACUUCCUCUGGCCCUUCAAGCUCAACAACCCAACUGGUGGAUGGACCAAGAAGACGAACCACUUCGUCGAGGGAGGAGACUUCGGAAACCGGGAAGACCAGAUCAACAACCUUCUCAGAAGAAUGGUCUAA